AAAAACCCCACGAGCACCCCCCUCCUGCACAAUCUGGCACCUGCAUCGAGAAGGCAAGCCGAGGUAGAUGCUGCAGAGAUGUGGUCCACCAAUCAGCAGUCAUCUGGGCAAUUCAACGAGACGGAGGUGAUGCGGGGCUUGAACGCGCGCCUCGCGGGUUUCAUAGAGAAGGUGCGCGGGCUGGAGCACCGCAACCAUCUCCUGGAGAGGGACAUCCAGGAGCUCAGAGGCAGAGCGGACCCCGCGUCCUGUUUGGUGGAGGAGCAUGGACCGGAGCUCGGGAGGCUGAGGCGCCAGGUUCAGGAGCUCACCCAGCAGAUGCAUCAGAUCGAAAUCGAGCACGGCAACUUGGAGGAAGAGCUCUCCAGCGCGAGAGGGCAGCACGCGCGGGAGACGCAGAGCAGAUCGGACGCCGAGAGCAGCAUCGUGGUGCUGAAGAGAGACAUCAGCGCCGCGUACCAGGCGAAACUCCAGCUGGACAAGAAGGCGCAGUCCCUCGUGGACGAAGUCCACUUCCUGAAGACGCGCCACGAGGCUGAGGUGUCCGAGAUGCGCGACCAGAUCCAGGAUGCGCAGGCGCCGCGCGCGGAAUUCGGGCAUCCUGACAUCACCGCGGCACUUCGUGACAUCAGGACACAGCUGGGGGGUCACGCGGCGUCCGACGUCCCGCGCGCUGCAGGGGAGAGGUUCCGAUCUCAGUUUGCGCGAUUAACGGAGGCGGCUGAGGCCAAGAGGGAGGCGCUGAGAGCGAGCCAGCAGGAGAUCCAGGAGUCCAGGAGGCGCCUGCAGGCCAGAAGCAUCGAGCUGGACUGUGCCAAAGGGACAAGGGAGGCUUUGGAGAAGCAACUCCUUGAUGUGGAGGAUCGCCACAAGGAGGAACUGAUUCACUAUCAGAAUGCAAUAAAGGAGCUUGAAAACGAGCUCAUCAGUUGUAAAUUUGACAUGUCUGGUUACCUCCGGGAGUACCAGGACCUGCUAAAUGUGAAGAUGGCUUUGGAUGUGGAGAUACUGUCCUACAGGAAACUUCUAUGUGGCGAGGAGGCUCGGCUAGCCACCGUGUGUGACCCCAACCCCUCCCUGCCCUACAUCUAUCACCAGUCCCCCGUCUACAGCCUCCCCUCCUUCAGCCGACCGGGGGCCCCACGUAGACGAGCUGAGCCCCAGUACAAGUUCGUCGAAGAGAUCAUCACAGAGACCACCAGAGAAGUCGAGAUGUUAGAGUAUGAGGACACGGGAUCAGAGGGGACCGAUGCGGGGAAAGAUGAGCCGGACUGUAAAAGUGAGAGGGGGGGCAGUGAGGAAGAGAGUGAUCAUAAAGACAGCGGAGACGAAGAGGGAAACCAGAUGUUUGAUCGUCAGCAGGCUCAAGUAGCAUCAGCCAGAGAGAGUAAAGAUGAUGAAAGGAACCAAAAGGAGGCGGAGAAUGAUGGAAACACAGAGGCAAAUAUUCAGAAUGAAUUUUUACAGAGCGAAGGUCUGGAUGAAAAAGGACAAGAGGAACAUGGAGAAGCUGGAAACACAGACGAGACUCCAACUGCAGAGAGAAUGAAAGAUCAGAGGACGGAGAGUCAAUCUGAGGAAGAACAUUCCACCACGGUUCAAACAAAACCUGAAGACCAAGUGUCGGAACGUCCUGACAAGACUCAUCAGCGUAGUGGGGGUGUUCAGGAUCAAGACCAGGUCGACCGUUUGGUUUCGGGAACACCUCAGAAAGUCACAGAGGUUCCAGCAGAAACACCGAGCACCCUGUUCGCACAAAUCAAAGGAUGUAUAGAAGAAGCUAAAGUCACUUCUACAACCUUAAAGGACGCAAACUGAGUGAGGCUGACAUGAAAGCUGCUAAGAUGCCAAGCAUGAGAGAAAUAAAGACAGAAGCAGAGGGGGAUUGGUCGGAUAGUGAUAAAAAGUUGUUGCAAUGGAUAAAGCUUAAUAAAGAGUGGAUUGGCGAACAAUAAUAACAUCAGGAGGGGGAAAUGCAUGAGGGCACACAAACAGGAUGGACAAAUUCUCUUUAAAUGUAUUAAAACUAUCAGCUGACUAAAGAUGAAGCUUGCAAAAAGAGUUCAUUAAAAAUGAUGACAGAGGGCAA